AUGAUCAAUGAUGUGGCAACAGAAAUUGAACCGGACACGGGAUCGGAUGCAAACAUAAUGGAUAAAGAGCAAUUUGAUCGGCUCCAGAAAGCGAGAUCUGAAAUUCGGCUGAAGAAAUUUAGAACAAAGCUGCGAGCACUUCUUCAAGACAUCCCGGUACUAGGAGAAUGCUCUGUGAUCAUCAGAAACCAAACAAAGCAGACACGAACACGCAUUAUCGUUAUUAAGGGAAAAAUGGAUUCUUUACCACUGAUCGGAAGACCCACCUUAUCCAAUUUAGGAAUGGUUCUCAUCGACGAGACUGGAAACUUAGAAAAUUCCAAGGAAAAAGAUACACACAAAGUAAAGAAAACGGACGCAACCUACCCAAAACUUGAAGAAAUCCUGGAAAGUAUGAAGGAAGAGACGGAGAAGUUAUUGAAAUCCAUUUACCCAUGAAUGACGAUGCGACACCGAUAGCUCAGAAACCAAGACGGGUGCCGUAUCACUUACUAGAGCCUCUCGAGCAGCGCAUUAACGAAUUCAUCGAAAGUGACAUCAUAGAGAAGGUCCCCGAACAUGAAGCAAUCGGGUGGUGUUCACCUCUCGUGGUACAGCCGAAAGCGAAGAAUCCUAAGGACAUCCGAGCGAGUCUCGAUCUCCGAAUUCUAAAUCAGUCUAUGGCACGCACAAGGCACGUACAAUCACCCAUCACCGAAGACUUUGUAAACGAAUUUAAGGACUGCACAGUCUUCAGUAAAAUCGACCUGAACCACGGAUACCAUCAAUUCGCGCUCGAUGAAGAAUCUAGAAAGAUAAUGACAUUUUCAACGCCCUGGGGGAACUAUAGAUACAAAAGACUUGCAUUUUGUGGCAAAAACAGCCAAGAUCUUUUUGAUGCGGAGAUCACAAAGAUAAUCUCGGGCAUACCUCAUGUCUUAACCAAACGCGACGACAUCAUGGUCGGAGGUAAAGAUUGGGAAGAACACAAUCGGAACCUGGAAACACUAUUCGAACGACUCGCAAUCCACAACAUAACGCUUCGAAAGUUGAAAUGUGAAUUCGGUCGGACAUCGCUAGAAUUCCAUGGUCAUUACUUCACCAGCGAAGGGCUGAGACCAAGUCCUAACAAGGUCAGAGCCAUCCAGGAAAUGGAAAGACCGAAAAGUAAAGAAGAGUUGGUAUCGUUUAUCCAAAUGAUGGCAUAUCUGUCCCGAUUCAUCGAAAAUUUCUCCAGCAGAUCAGAAUCACUUAGGCGGAUAACGAAACAAGGUCAUCGUUUUGGAAUCAAGAGCAACAGAUGGCGUUCGAUGAUCUGA